UCUGACCUUGCGUAUAAUGCUUGUGAGUGUGUUUUGACAUUAUAAAAUGUCUUAUUUUAUCAACCAGAAAUCAUGCCGACCUUCUUUUUUUAUAGCCGUCCUCAUAUCGAUAUCAUAGACUGUAUAUAAAUGAUAUAUGUGUUUUGUCAGACUUUUUAGUUUACAUUUGCUCGUCAUAUCAUUCAAACUGGAUUAAAAAAAAAAAAAAAAAAAAGACAUCCACACCUUGUGGCAUCAGUCAUGUGACUGCAAUGCUCUUGAGCACCUGACUGGCGCAGCUUGACAGAACAGUUUGCCUUUGAAUAGUGUGGUAUUGAAGUAAUGUAUGCUUAGUUUUUGACGAUACAUUCGUUCACAUUUUAAAAUGCUGCUACUACUAAUCAUUCUCCAGCUUGCCCUACACACAGUGGAGGGAGUGUGGCCAUUGCCUCAGAGUUUCACCUCCUCAAUCGAGCGAUACCCUUUGAACCCACAGGUUUUCUACUUCGGAUACGGAAAAGGAUCAGCCGUACAGCAGGGCUGUUCAGUUCUGGAUGCUGCAUUCAAGAGAUAUUUUUCUCUUGUUUUUCCAGAUUACACUUCUGGAUAUGGCGUUCUGCGAUUCAGUGUCGACAAACCAUUUAACAUUGAGGUCAGCGUUGACCAUGAUGAUUGCGAGAGUUACCCAACUGAGGACUCUUCUGAGAGAUACAACCUGAGUAUCUCUACAGGACAAGCAUCUCUGAAUGCAGAGACUGUGUGGGGUGCUUUAAGAGGUCUGGAAACCUUCAGUCAGCUGGUGUAUCAAGAUGAUUCUGGCUCAUAUUUUGUGAACAAGACUGAGAUUGAAGACUUCCCCCGGUUUCAAUUCAGGGGGAUUUUGUUGGACACUUCACGCCACUACUUACCCUUGCAGGCCAUUUUACAAACUCUGGAUGCAAUGGCUUACAGUAAGUUCAAUGUGUUUCAUUGGCACAUUGUUGAUGACCCCUCCUUCCCGUACCAGAGCCGGACCUUUCCAGACCUUUCCAGUAAGGGGGCUUUCCAUCCGAUGACUCACAUCUACACACAAUCAGAUGUUAGAAGAGUGAUCUCACAUGCCAGGCAGUGGGGAAUAAGGGUCCUUCCUGAGUUUGAUUCACCCGGCCACACCAAGUCUUGGGGAAAAGGGCAGCCUGACCUGUUGACUCCCUGCUACAGUGGAAGCACCCCUUCUGGUACUUUUGGUCCUGUUAAUCCAGCAUUACCCUCCACCUACGAGUUUAUGGCGAAACUAUUUAAGGAAGUGUCAUUGGUGUUCCCUGAUUCCUACAUCCACUUAGGAGGAGAUGAGGUGAACUUUUCCUGCUGGAAAUCCAACCCUGAUGUCCGAGCAUUCAUGCAGAAGAUGGGAUUUGGAGUAGAUUUCACCAAACUGGAAGCAUACUACAUAGAGAAUAUUGUGAAUAUCACAUUAGCUCUCAAAAAGACGUCUGUCGUGUGGCAGGAUGUGUUUGACUACCAUGAACGAAUUCCUAAGGACACAGUGCUGCACAUCUGGAAGGGCACCCCAGCCAAGUAUAAGGCCGAGCUCAGCAGGAUGACCAAAGCUGGCAUGAGGGUCCUGCUGGCUGCCCCGUGGUACAUCAACCACAUUUCCUAUGGCCAGGACUGGCGCAACUACUACACUGUGCAGCCACUGAAUUUUUCUGGUUCCGAGGAACAGAAGAAGCUUGUGAUUGGUGGGGAAGUCGCCAUGUGGGGGGAGUAUGUUGAUGCCACCAAUCUCACCCCACGUCUUUGGCCAAGAGCGAGUGCUGCAGCAGAGAGACUGUGGAGUGAUGAGACGGAGACAGCCAGUGUGGACAAGGCGUUGCCUCGCUUGCAAGACUUUCGCUGCAGGCUCCUGAGGCGUGGCAUCAGAGCGGAGCCUCUGUUUGUUGGACACUGCAGACAUGAAUACCAAGGUAUUUGAAGAUGUUGGAUGGAAGGUUUUUUCUGCAGAAUUAUCUAUUUCAGGUCAUGGUUGCCUUCUUAGCUGAAAAUCUUGUUUGGGGGUAUUUAAAUUUGUAUUAAAUUCUAUUGUUUCUGUGUUUGCAAAUGUUAAAAUGAUUUCUCAGGGAAUAAUAUCGCUUAUAUUUUAUCCUUCUCAUUUUUUGUAAUAACUAUUUAGUAAUGGGAUUGUUAUUUUAGAUUUUGCAUAUUUAUCUGUAACAAUAUUGAAAUUUGAACAAAAAUCUUGUUUGAAAGAACCCAAAGUGCUGCACUGUAAUGUCAUGUUGAACUGUACUUCAUGACUGCAAAAUUUAAUUUGAAAUAUGAACAAUAUGCUGUGGCUUUUACUCUUGCACUAAUAUAAUAAAAACAAUUUUGCAUUGCA